GGCCUGACAUCGUCGCGGGCGGCGGAGAUUUUGGCGAUGGAGGGCCCCAACGCCCUGACUCCCCCGCCGACCACCCCGGAAUGGGUCAAGUUUUGCCGCCAGCUGUUUGGCGGAUUCUCCAUCCUGUUGUGGAUCGGAGCGCUGCUCUGUUUCCUGGCGUACAGCAUCCAGGUCGUGAUGGAGGACGAACCGGCAAAGGACAAUCUAUACCUGGGCAUCGUGUUGGCGGCUGUGGUGAUGAUCACCGGCUGCUUCUCCUAUUACCAGGAGUCGAAGAGUUCCCGCAUCAUGGAUUCCUUCAAGAGCAUGGUCCCUCAG